GAUACACUUUAUUUUGUUAGUUCUUAAAAUAGUUUCAUAAAUAUCUAUAGGGAAAUGUUAACCAGUCCCAAGGCACUGGUUAAGGACCUAAAAUGGUAAACUUUUAUGAAAGCUAGUAUAAUCAGUCCAUUGGAAAUUGAAAAGGUAUGACAUUUUUAAAGAAUAAUUGCUUAAUUUAUAAUGCUUAAAAGGGCCCCCAGUAACACUCGUCAACAAGACUCCUAUCUAUAUGGUAAUAUAUAAUUGAAUGUAUGUGAAAAAAAUUACAUACAAAUUAAACACAUUGUGAAAAGGCUGAAAAGCCAUUUUGAUGUAUUUACUAUUGUAAUCUCAUGACUUUUGUACCAUGUCAAUUUCAAAGAUCUAAUAGCUUGGUCGAGAAGGUAAACACCAGCUAAUAUGCUAAUAAAAAAUUGAUGAAAUUGAAAGGAAAAAAAAAAUGACAUGAAGAAGGACAAAAUAAAAACGGGGCACAUUGUUUUUCCUAGUAGUCUUGUUAUGUUAGCUCAUACAAAAUGCAUGAUGUAUAACUACUUUAGUUUUGGAAAGCUAAAUAUUUAAAAUGUUUCCUUAAAUAUAUCAAAAGUUCAUUGGAAAAACAAGCUUGUAUUAGUCUCCACACUGAAGAGUCCAAGUGGCUGUUCUUGUUCAAUAUCAUGGAAGCCAUUGAAGAAAAAGGGCCACUAGAAGAAGAUUACACUCAAGAUGGAACAGUAGAUUUACAAGGCAGACCAGUUUUAAGAUCAAAGACUGGAACAUGGAAAGCUUGUUCCUUCCUUGUAGGUUAUGAAUUGUUUGAGAGGAUGGCUUACUAUGGAAUAUCAUCAAACUUAGUGGUGUAUCUAACAAAAAAGCUCCAUCAGGGUACUGUGGAAUCUUCAAACAAUAUUAGCAAUUGGGGAGGAUCAGUUUGGUUGAUGCCACUUGCAGGAGCUUAUGUAGCUGAUGCUUAUCUUGGCCGAUAUUGGACCUUUGUAAUUGCAUCAUGCAUUUACCUCAUGGGUAUGUGUUUGUUGACUCUAUCGGUUUCGCUACCAUCACUGAAGCCACCAGAAUGUGAUAUAGGUGUUGUCGCAUUCGAAAAUUGCCCCAAGGCAUCACCAUUGCAAAAGGGUAUUUUCUUCCUUGCCUUGUACAUAAUUGUUUUAGGCACAGGUGGAACCAAACCCAACAUUUCUACUAUGGGAGCUGACCAAUUUGAUGACUUUGAUCCCAAAGAGAAAUCCGAUAAGUUGUCCUUCUUCAAUUGGUGGUUUUUUAGCAUUUUGAUUGGUGUCCUUUUUGCUACCACUUUCUUGGUUUACAUACAAGACAAUAUUGGUUGGGAACUUGGAUAUGGCCUUCCAACCAUUGGCCUUGCAUUUUCAAUAUUGGUGUUUUUAUUAGGAACACCAUAUUAUAGACACAAAUUGCCUCCAGGCAGCCCUAUAACAAGGAUGCUUCAAGUCUUUGUGGCUGCUAUAAGAAAAUGGAAGGCACGUGUCCCAGAAGAUAAAAAGGAGCUACAUGAGCUGAGUAUGGAAGAGUAUACAUGUAAUGGUAGAACCAGAAUUGAUCACACGUCGUUUUUCAGUUUCCUUGACAAAGCGGCUAUAAAGACCGGACAAAAAUCAACAUGGAUGCUUUGUACAGUGACACAAAUUGAGGAAACUAAGCAAAUGACAAAACUGGUUCCUAUUUCGAUUUUCACAAUUAUUCCAAGCACCUUGGGAAUGCACAUUUUCACACUCUUCGUUAAACAAGGCAUGACACUGGACAACAAAAUGGGACCUCGUUUUAAUAUCUCUCCAGGAAGUCUCUCGUCAAUUACAAUUAUCUUCAUGUUGAUAUUCAUUGCAAUCUAUGAUUGUAUUUUUGUGCCUAUGAUCCGACUCUACACUAAAAAUCCUAGAGGAAUCACAAUACUACAAAGAAUAGGAAUUGGCCUUGUGUUGAACAUCAUUACAUUAGUCAUUGCAUGCUUGGUUGAGAGAAAGAGACUCAAUGUUGCAAGAGAAAAAAACCUCUUAGACAUGCAUGAUAAGAUCCCUCUUACUAUUUUCAUCCUCCUCCCUCAGUUUGCCUUGUCAGGGAUUGCUGAUAACUUCGUCGAAGUUGCCAAGAUGGAGUUCUUCUACGAUCAAGCGCCAGAAACCAUGAAGAGUCUCGGAACAGCAUGCUCCACAGCCUCAUAUGGUCUAGGAGGUUUUCUCAGUACAUUCUUUCUAUCAGCUGUUGCUGAUAUCACCCAAAGACAUGGUCGCAAAGGUUGGAUUUUGGAUAAUGUAAACGUCUCCCACUUUGACUAUUAUUAUGCAUUCAUUGCAGUAAUAAGCCUACUUAACUUCCUUUGCUUUGUGGUUGUUGCUAAGUUCUUUGUAUAUAAUGAUGUAAAACACAACAAAUCAGGCUUGGAAAUGAACGCUACCUCAUCUCAGGAAAAUGCUGGAUUAAGCCAAAGCAUUUCACAACCAGAUACCAAGUUCUAGGGGAAAUAUAACUGUUAUUUCUUCAUAUGUUUACAAAAUCAAGUGGGCAAAGAUAAGGAAGGUUCACAAGUGUAUGAUCCUUUAUAAGUAGAAGAUUCACUUUAGAGCUUUGAACUUUGUCACACCUGCAAGUAAAUUAAUGUAAAUAAUAUGAUUAUCCAUAGUUUUAAAAACUGGACCGGUCAUUGACUCGGUAAGGUCCCUGGGUCAAUGGGUCACUGGUUGAACCACUGGAUCAUUGGUUGAACUCGGUUUUUAUAAAAUUGAACUGUAUGAUCCAAUCACUAAAAUAUUUUGAAAGAAAUCAUGACACCUAAUUUUUUUUU